CCUGGGGGCAAGCCCAAGCAGCUGACGCAUGCUCAGUAACAGCCAAGCAGCUGGUUGAGCCGGGGAGCGACCCUUUGUGGCCCUCCCCCGGGGCGCUGGGGCCGCGGCUUCCCACCGCCGCCCUUAUCCAGAGUGACUCACAGCGCCCGGGCUGCCCGCGAAGGUCACAAUGGGCGCGCGCGGAGCGUGCCGCGCUGGCAGCCAGGCGAGGGAAGGGCCUGCAGCCCCGGGGAAAGAAGCUGCUCCCAGAGGUUUGCAGGGCAAAUAGCCAAAGAGUGAAGUAACGAUGACCUAGCUUAAUAUAUCAUGAUGAAUCAGAUUCAUGCAGAAAGAAGACCACUCCCAUUGGGUUUAAGUGAUGAAGAAAGAAAAGAAGAAGAAAACAGAAUGAUAAGAACCAACCUCUCUCCCCAGAAAAUCCCAAAAGUUGUUGUGAACAAAUGUUUUCCCACAGCUUGCUGCCACCAGGGAUUGCUUCCUGAGCUAAACCAGAGAAUUGCAGAAGAGUUGCCUCUCUCCCCCAAACUGGACAAAUAUAAGCUGGCAAGAUUUUUAGCUGACAAGGCAAUCAGGGAAAAGAACAUUUUUACCAUCUGUGGACCCUACCCAGUAAUUCGUAGAAGUUUAAGGAAAAAAGGAUGGGUGGAGAGAAAGCUUUCCAUAAGAAAUGACUUACAGGACAAUAAAGAUGACGAGUGUGAUGCUGAUUGUGAAGAUGGUGGGAAGAAUGGCAAAAGAAGUGUCUUGUGUGAAGAAGUUUCUGGCCUUGACAGUUCAGAUGACAUUCAUGAUGUAAUGUCUAGGUUGGUAAGAAAUGAAGAGACAUCCUUUUUUUGGACUAUAAAAAAGGAUGCAAUUAAUUACCAUAACCUACAUUGUGAUCAGAUGCUGAAUCAUUAUGCAAAAACUGGCUCCUUUACAACUAAAAUUGGACUUUGUUUGAAUCUGAGAAAUUUGCCAUGGUAUGUUCCAGCAAAUCCAAAUACCUUUUUCCCCCGCUGCUAUGGUAUUUGCAUGGAUGACGAGAAACAUGAUUUUAUAGAGGACUUCAGGAAUACAGCAGCAUGUAGCAUACUCAAAUGGGUCAUCAGUCUUAAUGCCUGUGAUAAAAAAACACAGAAGUCUAAAGGAAAAGUUAAUAAAGAAGAUGUAGGCCAAAAGAAAGCUCCUGUAGAUUCUGAUGAAAAGGAAAUCAAGCAACUUCCUGGAAAACUAAUAGACAUGGCUUGCCAGGUGUGUGAAACCUACCUUGGGCAGAUGGAACACGAGGACAUUGACACAGCAAUGGACGCUUCUGCAGUUCUUAGUGAGGAGGAAUGGAAAGACUUAAUUGAACAGUACUACUGUCUCAUUCAUGAAGGUGCUGUCAUUUGUAGUGCACAUAAUUACAUUACACAAUGUCAAAAGAUUCUAAGCAAAAUCAUGUCUAUAAGCCCACAGCGAGACAUAGAUGGUAACCACAAUAUCUGGAUUAUUAAACCAGGAGCAAAAUCUCGUGGCAGAGAAAUAGUGUGCAAAAAUAGACUGGAUGAUAUUCUGAAGUUAGUAGAAGCAACAGAUCAAUUUCCAGUAAAGGACCACAAGUGGGUGGUACAGAAGUACAUUGAGACACCAUUGCUAAUUUAUGAUACUAAAUUUGAUAUUAGACAGUGGUUUCUUGUCACUGACUGGAACCCUCUGACUAUAUGGUUCUAUAAAGAAAGCUAUCUGAGAUUUUCUACACAACGUUUCUCCUUAGACAAUCUAGACAGCUCCAUUCAUCUUUGCAAUAAUUCUAUCCAGAAACAAUACAAAAAUGCUGCAGACCGGAAUCCUCUAUUGCCAUGGCACAAUAUGUGGACAAGCACCAAAUUUCAGGAGUACUUACAAAAGAGAGGUCGAGGCAAUAUGUGGCGAAAUGUUAUCUAUCCAUCCAUGAAAAAAGCCAUUACCUACACCAUGAGGAUGGCUCAAGAGAGCGUUGAAGCCCGGAAGAGCAGUUUUGAGCUGUAUGGGGCAGACUUUAUUCUUGGAGAGGACUUUAAACCAUGGUUGAUUGAAAUCAAUACUAGCCCAACAAUGUUCCCUUCUACCCCGGUCACAGCAGAGCUAUGUGCGCAGGUACAAGAAGACACGAUUAAGGUAGUUACUGAGAAGAAACGUGACAAAAACUGGGACACUGGAAAAUUCGAACUUCUCUGGAGGCAGCCUCUUUUGGAACUGCCGCCGUUCCAUGUUACGGACCUUUUUGUGGAAGGAGUUGGUAUUAAGAGAUCAAGGCAGAAAGCUGCUCCCAUCGCUAAUUUUAAUUUUCUUGACACAUUAGCAAGAAUACCACAGACAACUCAGUGCACCUCACCCAAUCAUGAAAAACAAGGAGAAUCAAUAGGAACUGUAAAUAACAAGCAAAACAUCAAAAUGAAAAUUGAAAAAGCUAUUUUUUGCACUUUACCUAAGCCUCUCAAGAAGCCACCAGGGAAAAGUUGUAAAGUAAGGGAUGAACACAUGAAAUCCACUGGGCACAUAGAUUUCCCCAGCUUAGUUUUACAACCUACAGAAAGCAUCACAGAGAUGAAACAUGUGCAGUAUAUAAACAAGGCAAAAGGAAUAACAGAUUCAAGCUUUCACAGAGUAAAUCAGACAGCCCCUACCUUUCAAAAUAUGAACCCCUUGGACUGGCCUUUACUUCAGCCUUCCAAAAUAUCAGGUUUGCAGAACAGCAACAAGAAAAUUCCAUGCUUAGUUUGUGGAGACACUUUCCAGUUGGAGAAAACCUGUAAAUGCUGCAGCUCCUUUUGUGCAACAGUACUGCAAGGAAGUUCAUAUUUACCUAUGAAUGAUUGUUCUAUCCCUGAAAAGAAGGUGACCAGCAACAAGAUAACUGUUCAUAGCAAUGUCUUCCCUAAAAACAUAUGAGUCCAUUCUGAGUACUCCAGUCUUUUAAAAGCGUUUUUUGAACAAAAAUAGAACUGUACAAGCCUUGCAUAAGCAGCUGUUGAAGAAAAAUUAUUUGCCAUGAGUAACUCAAAGAUAAUAUUUAAAGGCUCUGGGCUGCAAGAGGUGGAGAUUUUUGUAAACCAUGGCUGCAUAGGAGACUAACUGAUUAUACUGAAGCCAAUUAACAAAGUUUACUAUUACAGCAGCUCUGUGGCCAAUAUGCUGGUCCCAACUGUGCGGAAAGUUCAUAGAAAUACAGUGAGCUCUCUUUUUAUGUCAUGGAGUACUCCCUCCAUUUUUGCAAACCCCUGUAUGAUGGCCAUCUUGUCAACAAGAGUUUCAUCAACUGUAAACACUCUCGUGUAUCAGUGAAUGGGAGUGGAAGGGCUUGCCAACCUAUCCACUGUCACAUAAUGUAAUGUAAAAAAACCUCAUUGUGAUAUCAUUUUCUUGGAGAGACAUGUGGGGAAGGAAGGAGGACUGCUUAUGGUCAGUACCUUGUUACAAAAUAUAUUCUCAGGAUAUUCCCCUCCCUCCCCCCAUACUUUGGGCUAUGGUGCUUUAGUGCUCUUCCAUCGUCCACAUGUCUGAUAAGUCAGCCAAGGUGAACCAGUUAAACCUGCCAUUUACCUCCCCGCCAUUAAUGUGAGGACAAUUAGUGGCAAAAUGAUUCUAUAUUCUUAGCUUUUCUUCCUGAACUGACCAAGGAAUGGACCUCAGGCUAUUCCAUGGAUCACAGAUAUCUUCCAAUGGUGGGCUGCGGACCCUUUAAAGAUGUCUAGCUGACAGACGCCUGUUCCAUUUGUCAGUCAGGAAAGAAUCCACCCUAUAUGUAGAGCGUCUUGGGGAUUCCUCAGGGAGUUUCUCUACAAUACCUGUCAGAAUCCAGUUUCCACUUUGUUGGGAAUAGCCAGUGCAGAAUUCCUAAUAAGGUAUAAGGGGCUUAAAAUCAGAAUUAGCCUCUACAUCUCCAAAGCUCAGGAGGAACAAAGAAUUUCAUAUAAUCAAAGUGUAAAACGUAUGGGAUAGUAACUGCCUGUUAUACCAAUCAAUUCAUCUUGCUGCUACUGCAGGGUUUGUUAUUCCAGUACAUUUUCUAGUGUUUUGCUCAAUCUAUUUUAAAAGUCAGGAGGGGUUGGUUCCACCACUACCCCCAAUAAUAGGUCCAGUGGUUUUUGUGAUAGUUCUGGCACCUUGUUUGAGUGACAAGGGUACAUCACACUUGACUGUGACUGAUCUUUAUUAACUGUCAGUCGUGACAUAGCCCAGCGUUACAUGAAGUUUUAUUCCUAUCACCCAGCAGGGUCAGUAUGUUCUGACUCUAGUGGCUGCUCAUACAGUUAGGAUCAAGUUGCAAAUGGCUGAAUAAAUCUAUUUCAGUUAACUGUCUGAGACAGAGAAUGUCGGGGGGGAGGCUCACAAGGCCCUUGAAAAAUGCUGGCAAUCUGAUUUGUGUUUACACAUUCCAGGUUAUGAAAUACUGACCUCCUCUAGAGACUUUUUUUUUUCCUACCCAAACUAUUGAAUUUGCCAGAUUCACCCUUUUCAUGCAAAAAAGCAAGCAGGGGUGAAUAGAAGAUGAUAAAUGCUAUUCUUUAAUGAAAACAACUUGUAUUUGCAAUAAAAGCAGCAGAUACUGGGUGGGACUGCAGGGAAAAGAGAGCCUAUGUAUAAGACAUGCUAUAGAAAUGUCCAAGACCAAGCAAAUCAUCUGGGAACCAUAAUUUGAGCCGAUGUGAAUGAUCCCAAUUUACCAAGAACAGACAUCCUUUAAGGUCACCUGAUAUAAGAAGAGACAUGCAAACAGAUUACAUUAAUAAAUAUGAGAAUGGUAAUCUUGAAACCCAGUAAAGAGAGUAUCCUGUAUGUGACAAGGUGCUGAGUGAGAAGCACUUAAUCAGUCCCUGCCACUCCAGCCCCAAUCAAGGGGAAUGGAUUGGGGCUGGUUGGAGAGCCCUGUGUCUGCCUGGUAACAGGCAGCGCCUGUCAGCCUCAUUAGCCAGGGCUAUACAGGUUGGGAGGAAGCCACAGGAAGUGGGGAAGAGAAAGACCAGGCACAGAGGGAGGUGGGAGCCAGGAGCUUUCUGGUCUGUUGCUGGCCAGGCCUACAUUUGGCAAAGUUGGCUGCAAAACCUGUACAUAGGUGGAAAGUGGUGGUGGGAAAACAACUGUAAAUAAAGAACACUGGUGUUGCAUCAAGCUGAGGCUUUCCUGACUGAUUAGAGAGGGCAACAGGGGCCAAAAUCAGA